UUAAGGUGACCGUCUAACUGACGAGAGAGUUCAAUGUGCACAAGUUGCCCUCAAAGAUUCAUUAACGUCGAAAGGUAGAUUAGAGGGAUUCAUCUCCAAAAGUGAAGAUUUUCAUCGACUGAUGAAUUUUCUUGAAGCAAUUUUCAAGUUAACCUACAGUUCUGACCUAGCAGGGGAACCAUGCACAAUGCAUUAUUACAGAAACCUACUAGGGCAUAGAAGUGCAAAGGGAAAAGUUAAGAAUGCAUAUAGAGCAUAUAAGAUGCUAUAUUACACAGUUCUCGAUGCUAUUUGUGUUGUUCUGUUCCUAGACAAGAUGGGGUCUGUAGAUAUAGCCAAUAUAUCUCUACCAAACCUUUCAGAAUUGUCAUCUUGUGAUAAGAUUCAGUGGCUGAAUGACUUGUGUGAAGAGAUUAUUGUAAAAUGGUUCUUUGAUGACAAAGAAGAUGUGAUGGAGGAAAUAAGAAAUGAUUUACAGGAUGCACAAAAAAACUACUGGACAGCAACAUUUAACAAUGGACGCUUUAAGUGUCAUCACUGUGAUAAGGAUUACAAAAGAGUUAGCUCUCUAAAGGCCCAUGAGUCAGAAAAACAUAGUGUUUCAUUGAGCAGAAUGAAAAAAGGAAAACAUGUACAGAGUGAUGAGGUUCAAGACUAUGUUUUGAUGCUAUUCAAGCUGGUCAUGCUUCAUAAAAAUUUUGAUGAUGGCGUUGAUAUGGGGGAUGGUGGUCGAUGUGUCCGUUCGGCUAAGUACGAGCUUCCACUUUACCAUAAAACCCAGAAGAUUAAAUAUUCCAUCUCCUCCAUACAUACAACAGCAAUGGCAUCAGGACUUUUGACUCCAGACCAAGAAGAGCGUUUCAUAGUUAACAGAUAUGUAAAUCUUCAGGGAGGAAAGAAUAACAACAUUUCACUAGACGAGUAUAUUGAAAUGCUAAAUCGUGACAGUAAGGCUGCAUGCACAGGCCAUCAGACCAAGGAAAGCAUUUUAAGGCAUUCAAAGGAGUAUCCAUUACUUAUCCAGCUUACAAACCAGUUUGAGCAGGCAAGUGAGUUUGGAAACAGAAAAGGAUUUCAUCACCAUCCCUCUUACCUUUUAGAUGUUCAGAAGGUUGUCAAAGAUUUGUUAGACCAUAACUUUCUAAUUCGAGAUGUAAAUAGGAAGUUAAGCAAGAAGCUGCCUGGAUUAGAUAGAAAUCCGUUUUUGAACUGUUCACGAGACCUGUCAACAUUGCUUCACCGGCAUAAACCAUCGUCACCAUUUGGGCGACUUAGAGAUUGUCGAUUUUAAAAUCUGAUUUCAAUAUUCAAUGGACAUUUUAAAUGUUAAUAUUUGAAUGCUUUUUAUGAUAUUUAUUCAUCAGGUAUAAUUCCCUUUUUGAAUAAAAUUAACACUUUGCUAUACAUGUCCAUUUCUUUUACAAGCAGUCUUCAUUGUACAUGUUGUGCAUAUCCAAAAGUGCAAUUUUCAAAAUUUUAAGAGACGUGCAUGUAUGCUAUAAUUUAAAGUUAUAUAUAUUACACAAUGUAUAUUUUCUGUGGAAUUUCUAAUAAUUUAAGAAAGUCUGAAAUA